AUGGAGUCGCCCAACCCAGAAUCCCCCGGAGCAAAGCGGAAACGCAGUCCUGUUGAGGAACCUGUCACGAGACCGCUGCCACCGCCGCCGCAAGUAGCUCACCCGAGCAAUAUUACGCAAAUCAAUUACUUGGUGAAGGCGAGAGCUGAGAAGCUGAAGUUGAUUGAAGGGGAUAUGGACACUUUUGGUGAUGUUCUGGCUAUGAUUGAUGAUUAUGAAGGCGUUCUCCAGCGCCAUGAGAGUUUGGCCGCCAAUCUUGGAGCCAAACUUACUGGACCUCUGCUUCUAAAGUCUUUUGAGAAACUUUUUGAUGGCCCUAUCAAGGUCGUUCAAGACUCUUUUGGUCUGGCUCAGUCACCCCCAUCCUGGCUCGAUAUAGUUAACUUCGCGCGGGCCAGUCCUUCUGACUUCAUCUUGAGUGAGGCGGGCAAUGGUAGCAAAAUCUGUCGCCUUUACAUCCGCGGGGGACAAGUCGAGAUCUCCGAGGAGGAUUAUCGCUUGGUCAAGUCCGGGGCCCCCGAGCGAGUGAUCCCGAAUCAACCUAUCGCCGAAGACGAGUUGGCGGAAGUAGGCACGCUGAACAUUCUCGAGGCUCGUCUUGCCAUGCUCAUCAAGAGAGCCGAUGCAGUUGCCGGCAAAGCAAGACAACUCAACUAUCAUCUCAAAGGUCGGAAAUCGGCCAUCAUGGCGCGGAAGGCUGGAGAUCAGGCUGCGGUUGAAGGCCAUCAAACACGCACAUUCACAGCCCAACCUUUCUCCGCCAUCAACGCCCGGUCACCAAACCCAGUUAGCAAUGAAGCUGCAAAGUUACAGCAAGAUCUCCUGGAACAGUUCACAUCUGGUGAUCGUCGCAGUCCCAUGACAUAUCAGCCCCGACCGAAAGUUAACCGCAUAAACACCGACGCCUUCCAUACCUUUAAUACAGGACCACAAGAUUUCGACCGUCGGUUGUCCCAACCCCUCACAGGCUCCGACGAGAGCACUGAAAACCAAUACCGGAUCCGGAUGGCUGCUAAGAUCGAGAAAUUAGCUCGAGGAGACGCCAUCUACCCCCCAUGUGACAGAUGCCGACGUCUGAACUUCGAUUGCACCAAGCAUCUCACCGCUUGCACGGCAUGCACAAAGAAACACGCAAAAUGUUCGUGGCGGGAUAUCCGAGACAGCGAGCUGGGUUCGGUGCCGCAGUUCGCUAACGGGGCUUCUCCGCCAGCUGGCGAGAACGGCAGUCUUCACGGAAGUCCUCUGGCCGGGAAUCCAGAUCCUGGACCUGGGGCGCUUCAGGAGAAGAGGGGCAGCAUGGUCGUCGAACCGUCGCAGCAGCAGAGGACGGGCGGAAAGGGUACCGAGGGCCAUGCGCCUGUCCAUCGACGAGCGGACAGCUUGGCGGAGGAGGGAGCUAUAUUAACGCAGAUUGCUUCAGCGGCUACGGCUACUACGCGACCUCGUUGA